AUGACCAUAGUCUCAAAUGAUCCCACUUCGUGGCCAGUCAUCAAUUCAAAUCGUAUUUCCAGCUAUGUUACAGUCGCUUCCGUUGUUAUAGUUAUAUAUGAUUGGGCACUCACAUUCGGACAAGAGAUCGAAUUGUUCUGGAAACAACGCUGGUCCUUAAUGACAUUUUUGUAUCUUGGUGUGCGCUACCUUGGAAUCUUAUCUGCUAUCGUGGCCAUCCUGAGCGAAGUUCCGACCAUCUCGCUGACAGAUACAGUGAGUCUUCUGUACAUCUCAGAUGCCUACUAUUUCCCUUCAAUUAACCGUGGUGCUCUAUGUGAGUCUGUUCGGAGCUUCAUUACGUUCGUCGUAGGGUGUUGGACGGGUGUUUUGGUACUUGCAAUGCUGUGGGUCAUCAUGGUCGUUCGAUUAUAUGCCAUGUAUCAACGAUCUAAAAAGAUCCUGAUCUUUCUGGUUGUCACCCUCCUGGCUAACAACAUCUUCUUUGGAGUGGUCGGCAUAAUUUUGAUGACACAUGUUUCAGGGGAGGAAAUCAUUCUCUCUGGCACUUAUCAGUGCUCGAAUGACAUUGGGGAAGUGUUCACGCUUCUGUGUUCCAUAACUUGGAUACUCGGAACUGUGUGGGAGGUCCUCGCACUAUGUUUUGCAGUCUGGAUUGCUGUCAAACACUUCCGUACACUGCGACGACAUCCAGAAAGAGAAACUGCUGAGGAUUGUGUAACGGUGUUGAUGAAAACUCACAUGUUUUACUUUGCGAGCUUUGUUGCUGUUUCUUGCCUCCAGCUCAUUAUUGAUUUCUCACCAGCUUUCUCAACCGACCCAUAUUCUCUGGAAGCGCAUAUUUGUAAUGGCUUGCUUCAGAUUUUGGAAGCCGUGCAGUCGUUUGUGCUGGGACCACGCCUGAUCCUUGGACUUCGAGAAUAUAACGCGAAGCUUGUGGCCGAUUUCGACGUAGCAUCUGCCAUGACCUCUAUUGCUUUCCAGGAGCACGUGCAUAUAUCGACUGACAAUACCGUAUAG